AGGGUGCAUGUCACCGCCAGCAGAUGGGCGGCAAAAGGAAAAGGGUUUUGGGAUUGGACAAUAUGAACAGCAGCUUCAGUCUAAUGCUGGACGCAUCAGACGAGUCUUUAGAAGAAAGUCCGAGGCGCAAUUUACGCCGGACGCCAAAAUCCCAAAGCCAUACCGGCCUCCCUCUGAGUCCCUCACACAGGAUGAAGCUCAUGGACUUCAAAUCUCCCUCUUCUAAGAAAGCUGCUACACCCCGACACGCCAUAGCCACCCCACAGUCGCGGAGUUACCCGCCCAUGUCGCCAUCAAACACCCGUCUCCUCCGCUCCACUCCUGGGGCUGCCAAGGAGGUUCAGAGAUUGCUCCCCAAGCUGGAGACCCCUCGACGAAACAAAAAACCUCACGCCAUCGCACAGCUCUCGAGCGCCUCCAGGUUGAGGCCCAGCGCUGUGUGCAGCCCUGUGAGGGUUAAGCAGGAGGUAGAGGAGGUUGGGGAGGAUGAGCAGGACUAUGCGAGAGCACAGGAGAAGUACAAGCUGAUGAAUGUUCUUGGGUUGCAGAGGACCGCCCUCCUUCCCAGACCAGAAGAUUUGAUCGGCUGGAGACAGAAGAAACGGCUGAGGAAGCUGAAGGCUAACAACUACUCACUGACCAAGCGGCGGAAACCGCGCUCCACCGCCCCGGCGCUACCUUUCGGGGACGUGACGCUGUCGCUUCCCCUCUGUAUCCCCGUUAACACUCGCCUCCUCAACAAGUCAGUAAAGACCAAGCCUGUAAGUCCAGUCAGCACCGAGCGGAUGACAAAGAGGCCAAAGACUGCCCAUGUCCCGCCAAGCGACAGGAGCAUGCGAAGUAAAGGUGUGUUAUCAGACAUGUUCCUGCCUUCUUUUGGAGGUAGGGAGCUCAGACGAUCAGUGAGGAAAGGUGACGGCAUCCACCCUCCUGCCCAGCAGCCUCCGCGAUGCAAGACCAACAAAACUCAAAUGAGAAACGCAGUCAGGAUCAAAUCAGAACCAGCUGAAUACUCCAUCUCAGGUCUCUCUCUUCCAUCAAACAAUUUCUGUGGCCACAAAUCCCUGCCGUCACAGAGGACACAGGGCAGAAAUAAAGUCACCGUAGAGACGGUCAAAGCGCUGCGUUACAACAGCGGCCGGCCAGCGACAAAGGGCAAGCUCAGGCGAGGCUCCGCAAAGGAGGUGGAGAAGGCGAAGUGUAAACCCAGAGAGGAUGGCAGGAAGGUGGGAAGCCAGGGGCUGAGGGGCGUCAUGGACAUGAGCCCGAGAGUGAAUGAACCUGGUGGGCUCCAGUUUUCAGAGCAGGCGCCUCCUCCGUCCAUCUACAACCACCCUCUGUACAAAGUCAUCAAAGAGGAGCCAGCAGAUCCCGUGGCUAUUGUCACCCCGUUCUCCGAUCCUCCCUCACCGGACCUCGGCAAGCGUCAGAGCAAGCCCCCCAUCAAGUUACUGGACUCGGGCUUUCUGUUCAGCUUCUGUCGGCCAGCAGGGGGGCCGAUGGCGGUGCUGAAGAAAGAGGAGGAGAGCGUGGACAUCUGCCUAACGCGCUCCGUGUCGCAAGUCGGGGAGAAAUUCGGAGCGGAGGAGUCGUCCCCCCACAGGGCACUGAGAGCCCGAGUGCCACCUGCCAUGCCCGUGCUGAAGAGGGAGAGGCUGGAGAGGAGUGUGAGCCAAAGCAAGGUCCAGAGACCGAAGCCAAACUCCCGAAACAACAAAUCUGCAGAGCCGAGAGCCCCACGGACCAUGCCAAAGCAGCAAGUUAAACUCCCCCUGAGCGGCAAGAGCUGCGCCAUGCUGGACGCCGUACGCCGGGCCCGGCUAAAGCAGCUUCGCGGGCCUCGCAGUCAAGCCCCCAAAGGCCCCCCGAAAGCAUCUCACGCCUGUCUUCAGUGCCCUGCCUCCUACAAGGACUGCGACGCUCUAAUCAUGCAUCGCCUCAGGCACAUCGAGGGCAAGCACUGGCCGUGUCCGCUCUGCAGUAAGACGUUCUUUCGACUAAGGAAUGUACGGAAUCACAUCCGCAACCACGACCCCAAGUUGUACAAAUGCCGGAGCUGCAUCGCCGCCGGCUCCUGAGGCAGCUUGGAGGGCUCCCGCUCAAGCAGCGAGACAGGAUGAAGGCUGUCGGUGUCCGACACCAGCGAAGCAGGCUGAAGCCAGAGGCACACGAUCGAUCAGCAGCUUGUACAUAAAUGCGUCCGUCACACACACAAGCACAACGGUCUGUGGAAAGGCAUAAUUACUCUGAUUCUAAUCAUUGCCAGUCGUCAAUGAUUGCUAAUGUUAUUUAAAUAACCAAACCGAGGUUUGCUGGUCCUGUUUUUGCUUUUCCGUAGCUACAGAAGGUUAAACUUGAACAUUACACUCAGGGGGCGGGGGAAGGUGAUGCCACGGUAUAAAGUGACCUAACGUCACGGUUGUGUAUAAAAUGAAAUGUAAAGUGAUUGUUAUAACUAUUACGGCUACUUAUUGUUACCAUUAUUUUUCUAUGUAUAGAUGACUUUUGAGUGCACUUAUAUGGCUUAUGUUGUGAACCUAAGAAGCGGUAAUGAAAGUGAAGGUUUCCACGGGGGGAAUACUUGAAGCGAUGCGAGCGCUGGAGGGAAUACUUGAAGUUGGAGGGGGCGGCGGGCGGGCGGGGGGGUGUCUUAGAAGUGAGACUGUCCUUUUUGGGUGUUUCGGUGGGUCUUUGUCCUUUUUUUUGGUGUGUGCUAACUUUUAACCGACUCGACUAGUCUCUCCCUCCUUUUUCGUAUCGAU